AUGCAUAAAGUCUAUUCAUACACAAAGCUCGCUGCUAGUAGCGACAAUUUGGGGUUUGUUGAGGAUUGUAGUUUACAAACAUUUACCUUUGAUGAGUUGGUGAAUGCAACUAGAAACUUCAAAGAAGAGAUCAGUAGAGGAUCUUUUGGAGUGGUUUACAAGGGAACAAUUCACGGAAACCAUCAAAGGAUAGCUGUGAAGAAAUUAGACAAUGUUGUUGACGAAGGAGAAAGAGAAUUUCAAGCUGAAAUCACUGCAAUUGCUCGAACUCAUCACAGAAAUCUGGUUCAGCUUAUUGGUUAUUGCAUUAAUGGUUCAAGAAAGCUUCUUGUUUAUGAAUACAUGAGCAAUGGGUCCCUAGCGGAUUUUUUGUUCAAAGCUCAGAUGCAUCUAUCUUGGAAACAAAGAGUCAAGAUUGCAUUGGAUGUCGCAAGAGGUAUCUUAUGUCUACACGAAGAAUGUGAAGUUUGUAUCAUCCACUACAAUAUCAAGCCUCAUGACAUUCUCUUGGAUGAAAUGUGGACAGCAAAGAUAUCUGAUUUUGGAUUUGCAAGGCUAUCAAUGCCAAAACAGUCAAGUACCAGAAGUAGCAAUGAAUCAACAAGUGACUAUGUGGCACCUGAACGACAAAAAGAUGCAUUGGCAUCUGUUAAAGUUGACAUCUACAGCUAUGGCGUGGUGCUGUUGGAGAUCAUAUGUUGCAGAAGGAAUAUAGACGUGAAUGCUCCUUCAGAAGAGGAAAUAAUGCUUUCUAGUUGGGUAUAUAAUUGCUUUGUGAGAGGGGAAUUGAAUAAAUUGGUAGUAGAUGAAGAUGUGGAAUGGAUUACAUUGGAGAGAAUGGUGAAGGUGGCCUUAUGGUGCGUCCAAGAGGCCUCAUCUCUACGUCCUUCCAUGAAGAAUGUGAUACUGAUGUUGGAAGGGUUGAAACAUAUUCCAAUUCCUCCAUCUCCAACGCCUCCUAUGGUUUGUGAAUAGGAAUCCGAUUCUGUGUUUUUGAUGUGUUUAUUCUGAUUAUUAUGUUUGUAAGCAUGUAGUAUGUAUUUUAGGCUUUAAUUUCAAUUUUGCAUAUGAUCUUCGAAGCUAUGUUAAGAAUUUGAUUACCUGCGUGCGUGUCAUAUAAGGCGUGUCAUCAGUAUUGUAAUGCAAUUUUGUUCAUUUGAUAAUGCUGUACUUUAUGAUGAAAAAUAUAGUGUUGUUGAUUUUG